AUGACCUACUUAGGACCAAGUCAGCGACGGUCACUCUCAAAGUCCACCAAGGAUGAACUGAAGGUGCUUCAGCAAGUCAAUGGAGGAGAAAACCUCUGUGUCUUUAAGGGCUUUGUUAGUGCAGGAGAGCAGUUUGAGUUUGUGUCUCAGAGGCACAGAGGUUUCCCCUUCAGCGCCAGCUUGUAUGUCAACGGCAUCAUGGUGGCUCGGAUCAGCUCCUGCUGUGAGUACCGCUACGCUCCCGGCUUUCAGCAGGGCAGGAAAAGCUACUUCAGACUGAGCUGGCUGGCUGGUGGGACCCCCUGCUACAGAUGCACUAGUCUCCGCAACAAAUACAGCUCCUGCCAACAGCUGAACAACGGCACAAAGGAAAACUUAAUUCUCCCUCUCGAGCAGAACACUGGCAAUGGCACCAUCGAGUCGUGUCCAUCAUCCCCUCUUUUUAUCCCAGCCAAACCUGAGAAGAUAUCAGUGAGGAGAACUAGAAAACACGUUAAGGAACGCAGCGGAGGAUCCACUGACAGUGAAGAGGCUGUUGUUUCUGGGAUAAAAGAAAAAUUCAGGAGGAAAAAACGCAAGGGUCAAACCGAUCAGAAAGAGAGCAAAGGAAAGACAGGUGGGAAAAGCAGAGGGGAAGAUGAGCAAGACGGCAAGGGCUCAGAGAGAUCAACAGUGCCUGAACAAUCUGAGGAGCAGAGAGGACAGAAACCCAACCACUCAAAAACAAGGGGGAAAGCCACUAAGCCGCAGACAGAACAGAUGCCAUCAAACAAGACAAGUAAAACCGUUGAUUCAUUGCAGGAUGAGGAGGGACUGACUAAGCAGAACAGAAAGGAGCAGAGAGACCUUAAAUCAGAUGGGAAAACCAGCGAUGGGGGUAGACUGAAGGACUUCUACAAAGAAUGUGUGGAAAUGAGUGUUGAGUUGAACCAGAGCCCAAACAAACACUGGUUCAAGGCAAACAUCCUAGAGAGGUGCCGGCUCCAGAAGAGGAUGUCGUCAUCAUGCCCCAAAGCUCAAAACUCCGAUGUGGAGCUGAGUGCAGAAAGUGACACAGUACUGCAGCCUGAUGGAGAGCCAGCAGAGGAGGAGGUGGACACUGCAGGCCAGGAUGCUGCCAAAGAGGAGCCUGUACAAGAACAAGACCUGCAGGCACAGCUUGAUGCCAUGAUGACGGUGUUGAGCACAUCUGAUGAGGUUGAGCAGCUGGUUCUGAGGAACACCGAACUGACAGAUGACCUUUUGUUCAGUCUCGCGGGGGUUCUGAAGAACAGUGCGUCUGAAGUCACGUUGCUCAAUCUCAACCUGAACCUCAUCGGCCCCUACGGCGCUCACAUCCUGCUGGACGUCCUGAGAGUAAAGCCGCAGGUCCAACGCUUACACUUGUUUGGGAACAAACUGCGUGACCACGGAGUGCUGACCCUCUUGAGUGGUGUAGCGGAGCUGCAGGAUCAAACUGCAGCAGCUGCCGCAGCCAUCUACCAGAUGCUGCCUUUCCCAUUAGAGCAAAAUGCUCUGCUGCAGCUCCCCACCGGCUGGAGCUCUUUUAGGGCUUUUACGCUUCUGGAACUGGAUAUCGGUGGAAAUGGCCUCGGCAGCGAUGGGGUCAAGGUUUUAGCAUCAUACAUGAGAUCCCACUCACAGCUGCAGUACCUGGGGCUGGCACAAACAGAUAGCGCUGAUCUGUCUGCGUGGAAGGAACUUUUCGACAGCCUGAAAGGCAACAACUCUCUGACUCAGAUCAUCUUAGAUGAGAACAAUCUGGGGGACCCCGGAGUCAGGCUGCUGGCAGACAUGUUGAAAGAGAACACGAGUCUGCAGCAGGUGGACCUCGACAGGAACGGCAUCAGCGAUGUGGGAGGAAAUGACAUCAUGGGGGCGCUGCUCUGCAGGACUCAGGUAUCCCUGACAUAUCUUAGCCUUGAUGAGAACACCAUAAGUGAAGGAUUGAUGAGCAGAAUACAGGAGCAAAUAAAACCUGCAAGAAUGACUGAGUAA